CGCAAAUGGUUACAUGAUUAAGCUCUAUAUGAAACCUUAAUUGCCUUCAAUUCUCUAUCACCUUAAUUAGCUAAUUAACUAGCUAGGUCGGACAAUCACCUGUUAGUUAUCGAGAGAGAUCGGUCGAUGGAAGAUGUCAGAGGAGGCACAAUUUGUGUGACUGGAGGAACAGGAUAUAUAGCCUCAUGGCUGAUUCUGAGACUGCUUCAGCAUGGAUACUCGGUUCGAGCCACCAUCAGAUCCAACAGUGCUGGCAAGAGAGAUAUCAGCUACCUGACGAAUCUACCAGGUGCACAAAAGAAACUCCAAAUCUUUGAGGAUCUCAACAACCCUGAUUCCUUCAAUGACGCCAUCCAAGGCUGCACCAUUGUCUUCCACCUCGCUCAUCCCAUGGACCUUGAAGGCAAAGAACCCGAGGAAACUGUAACCAAACGAGCCCUGGAAGGAACGCUGGGAAUUUUGAAGGCAUGCCUAGAUUCCAAGACUACGGUGAAACGAGUUGUGUACACUUCUAGUGCAUCUGUUGUUGCAUUUAACAACAAUGAUGUGGAAGACAUGGAUGAAAGUUUUUGGAGUGACACAGAUUACAUUAAAGCUUUGAAUCCGUUUGGUGGUUCGUACAUGAUUUCGAAGACAUUAACUGAAAGAGCAGUUCUUGAAUUUUCGGGGAGAUCUGGAUUGGAUGUUGUGACAGUAACUCUCUUUGUUGUUGGCCCUUUCAUUUGUUCCAAGUUCCCCGGCUCUGUUAAAACCUCAUUGGCGCUGGUUGUAGGUAACAGCAAGGAUGAAUUUCCUAUACUUAAUAAUAUGUCAGUGGUACAUGUUGAUGAUGUCACCAGAGCACACAUUUUCCUUUUCGAGCAUCCCGAGGCAAAAGGGAGGUACAAUUGCUCAUCAAUGUUGGUGAAUUUUCCUCUUGAAGAAAUGGCCGAGUUCCUUUCUGCCAACUUCCCUGAGUUUCAGAUACCGUCAUCAGUGUCAUUGAAGGAAGUUAAAGGUCCUAAAUCUCCUGGCAUGUCACCAAAGAAGCUCUUGGAUUCAGGUUUCGAAUUUAAGUAUGGGGUUGAUAAGAUGUUCAGAGAUGCAAUUCAGUGCUGCAAAGAGAAGGGUUAUCUCUAA